GCGAAGCCAUUCAAGGCCAGAUAUCCCCAACCUCUGACCGGAAGCGGAAGUAAUGCGCGAGCUGCUUGCUUCUCUCACUUCUGGUCCCGCCCUCCGGCUUCCGGCGUCGCUGCAUUUCAGGCCGAGGGCAGUUUUGUCAACAUGGCGGGUACUCUAGGCCUCUUACUGGGCGGGCGUGUCCGUGCUGCCGUCGCUCGCUGUGGGCUCGCGACCCGAGGGGUAGCAGGUCCAGGCACCAUCGGCCGCGAGCCGGACCCUGAUUCCGACUGGGAGCCGGAGGAGCGGGAGCUGCAGGAGGUGGAGAGCAUCCUGAAACGACAGAAAAAGGCCAUACGGUUCCAGAAAAUUAGGAGGCAAAUGGAGGCGCCAGGUGCCCCGCCCAGGACCCUGACUUGGGAAGCCAUGGAGCAGAUCCGGUAUUUACAUAAGGAAUUUGCAGAGUGCUGGUCAGUUCCAAGAUUGGCUGAAGGUUUUGAUGUCAGCACCGAUGUGAUUAGAAGGAUUUUAAAAAGCAAGUUUGUACCCACAUUGGAACAGAAACUGAAGCAGGAUCAAAAAGUCCUUAAGAAAGCUGAGCUUGCUCACCCGCUCCGGCAGCUUCCUGGCUCUCGGGAUACCUGGAAGUUACCUUCUGCAGGCCGCUCCCUUUCGGGCUCUUUGCUAAUGCCAGGGGGUGAAGCCUCAUCCCAAGGCCAGGGUCACAGCACAGCUUUGAAGGUAAUAGAACCGAAUACUCACAGUAUAAACACACCGAGGAGACAGAAGGGAAGGAAUAAAGGAAUCCAGAGCCUGGAGAAGGAGAGCCCUGUGCCUGUCUCUGCAGCCCUAGGUCCUCAGAGAGAAGUGCAGAAGUACACCAGUGAUUGUUGCGGCACCAGAAAAACUGACAUUGAUGGAUUGCCAAGUGAGAAGAAGCUGGAAGCGUUGAAGGCAGGAGAACCUGGUGACCAGAACUUUAGCAGCAAAGUAGUGCAGAAGGGACGAGAGUUCUUUGAUGACAAUGGGAACUUCCUUUACAGAAUUUGAACCGGAGCUGGGCGAGUAUAUUUGAACUGCCUGGAUUUCUGUGUACUGAUUAUCCACCCUGAAAUAGGAGGACAUGAUGAGUCUAUAAAGUGGGAGGAAAGAGCUACUUGGAUUGAAUCUGACAAAGGGCAAUGAAUUUCACAGGGCAGAUGUGAAUGGGGACGGCGAGAAUGACUGGCUGGGUAGAAUCCAGCUUCCUGGAGCACUGUUCCUCGUCUGAUGCACGUGGACCUUCAGUACUCACCCUUCUUGUUUAGGCUCUCUGUCAAAACCAGCCUGCGCUGCAUGUAUUAUUGGGAGUUUCUGUGAUACUUGCAAUAUAUGUUUGGGAAGAAAUGAAAGGUUUGCCUUUUGACCUCAUUUAUUUCUUGAUCAGUGAACACUAACAGUUCUGGAACUGCUUAGGCAAUAGGUUGUUUUCAUUAUGUGCAAAAUAAAGUGAAAUGUAGCAA